AUGUUGAGCAAGAAGCUCAAAGCCGUGUAUGACGACGGAGUUCGACUCGCGGCAAGGCAAGACCUCGAAACCGCCAACGAUGACCUCGAGCAAGCUACAAGCGCGCGAUACAUGCGGGAUUCACCUACGCAUACGGAAGAACAGAACGGGUACGCGCUCGGGAUACUGAUCACCUGUUGA